AUGCAGAUUCCAGGGCCAGAGGGAUUUAUCCGGAGGGCCGAGGCUGGCUUUGGGGGAGCGGCUGUCCUUUGUGCACGCCCCUUUUCAUCAACUAGCGGGCCAAGAAAGACAGACAGAAGAAAGCAACAGCAUCCCAGCCCCAGUCCCUACAGCUCCUCCAUCUGCACAGCGGAGCUGGACGGACCAGCCAGAAUGUGGAGAGCACUGCUACUUAAACUCCUCCUCGUCUUCAUAUGCUGUGUUAGAUGGUGCCAAUCUGAAGGAUGUGAGUUGGGGCAGUUCCGCUGUGGGACAGGCCGAUGUAUACCAGGUGACUGGCACUGUGACGGCACAUCAGACUGUGUGGAUGACUCUGAUGAACACGACUGCCCUCAGGUAACAUGUGAUGACAGUCAUUUCCAGUGUUUGAGUGACGGCGAGUGUAUCCCUGAUGUGUGGGUGUGUGACGAUGAGGAGGACUGUGAAGAUGGCUCAGAUGAGAGGCAACACUGCCCUGGAAGGACGUGCACCAGUGGGCAGUUCAGCUGUAGUAACGGGGCAUGCAUCCCAGGAGAAUACCGAUGUGACCGUCUGGCGGACUGCUCAGAUGGGUCUGAUGAGAGAGAUUGCCAUUACCCCGAGUGUACAGAGCUGAGGUGUGCUAAUGGGGCCUGCUACAACCGGACCCAGCGAUGUGACCACAUACUUGACUGUCGUGAUGGCUCCGAUGAGGCAAAUUGCACACAGCACUGCAAUGCGGGCCUGUUCCCAUGUCAUAAUGGGUUGUGUGUUCCUCAGCGCUACGUCUGUGACCAUGACGAUGACUGUGGAGACCGAAGUGAUGAGCUAAACUGCACAUAUCCUACAUGCAGAGGGAACUACUUCACCUGCCCCAGUGGACGCUGCAUCCACCGAAUCUGGGUUUGUGAUGGAGAGGAUGACUGUGAGGACAAUGGAGACGAAAAAGGCUGUGAUAAUGUACAGCGGGAGUGUUACCCAGGAGAAUGGCCCUGUCCGUCCACUGGCCUGUGUAUCCCCAUGGAUCAGCUGUGUGAUGGGACAGCUCACUGUCCCGAGGGAGAGGAUGAAACUAACACCACUGCUGGGCGCAACUGCAGUAUCUGGAGAUGUGCCUCUCUGAGCUGUGAGCAUCGUUGUCAUGCUUCCCCCGAUGGAGGGACCUGUUCUUGUCCUUCCGGAUACAUUGUCAGCAGCAACAAUAGUCGCUCAUGUAUAGACUUUGACGACUGUUCAAUGUGGGGCGUGUGUGACCAGCUGUGUGAGGAACGUGUAGGCUCCCAUCGCUGCAGCUGUCGAGAGGGCUACAUCCUGGAGCAGCACAGAUACUGCAGAGCUGACGUCUCAACUGGAGUACCUUCCUUGAUAUUUUCUAAUGGCAGAGACCUGCUAAUAGGGGACAUCCAUGGCAACAACCUGCGCACUUUGGUUAAUUCACAGAACAGAGGCGUUGCAGUGGGAGUGGACUUCCAUUAUAAUCUCCAUAGGAUCUUCUGGACUGAUACCAUUCAGAAUAAGGUGUUUUCUGUGGAUAUGGACGGUUCCAACAUGCAGGUGGUUUUAAAUGUAUCAGUUGACUACCCUGAGAACCUGGCAGUGGAUUGGGUGAACAAUAAACUGUAUGUGGUGGAGGCCAGCGUCAACAGGAUUGACAUGGUGGACUUUGAUGGAAGUAACCGGGUCACACUCAUCACUGAAAACCUUGGAAACCCAAGAGGAGUAGCGGUGGACCCCACUGUCGGGUACAUGUUCUUCUCAGAUUGGGAGGCCAUGAAUGGACAACCAGGCCUGGAGCGGGCCUUCAUGGAUGGCACCAACCGUUACGGGAUUAUUGGGAGUAAACUGGGCUGGCCAGCUGGUAUCACACUGGACCUUGAGGCCCAGCGCAUCUACUGGGUUGACAGUCGCUAUGACUACAUUGAAACUGCGACAUAUGAUGGCCUUCACAGAAAAACCGUGGUCCAUGGAGGUGCUGUGAUCCCACACCCAUUUGGCAUCAGUCUGUUUGAGCACAAUGUCUAUUUCACGGACUGGACCAAGAUGGCUGUAAUGAAAGCCAACAAGUUCACUGACGGAAGUCCUCAAGUUGUUUACGGUACAUCUCAGACUCCACACGGAGUGGCAGUGAUACAUCAGCUGAAACAGCCACAGGUGCCAAACCCUUGCAGUACAGACAAAGGUGGUUGUGAGCAGAUCUGUGUUCUGAGUCAUAGGAGUGACAAUGGAGGACUGGGUUACCGUUGCAAAUGUCGCAUGGGGUACGACCUACAUGCCGAUGGCAAGCGAUGUUUUGCUGUGAGGCAGUUUCUGCUGUUCUCCAGCCAGCUAGCCGUGAGAGGGAUCCCCUUUAACCUCUCUUCCCAGGAAGACAUCAUCCUGCCCGUCACUGGAUCACCUUCCUACUUUGUUGGAGUGGAUUUUAGUGCUGAAGACGAUGCUAUCUUCUUCUCAGACACAGCCAAGGAUAUCAUUUAUAAACAAAAAGUGGAUGGGACUGGCAGGGAGGUACUGGCAGCCAAUAGAGUGGAUGGAGUGGAGGACCUGGCUUACGACUGGAUUUCAAAAAACCUCUACUGGACUGACCCGCGAUACAGGAGCAUAUCUGUCAUGAAGCUCGCUGAUAAGUCCAGGAGAGCCAUCAUACGUAACCUCAAUAACCCGAGGGCCAUCGUGGUGCAUCCUCUCAUUGGGUAUAUUUUCUGGACUGACUGGUACCGGCCAGCGAAGAUUAUGAGGGCUUGGGCUGACGGGUCACAUGCCCUGUCUAUUGUAAACACUACUCUUGGUUGGCCAAAUGGCUUAGCUAUCGACUGGAGCUCAAUGCGUCUGUAUUGGGUCGAUGCCUUUUUUGACAAAAUUGAACACAGCAAUUUUGAUGGACAGAACAGAAUUUCUUUGGACCGCAUAACCCAGAUCUCCCAUCCAUUUGGUCUCACCAUUUUUGAAGGCUAUGCAUAUUUUACUGACUGGCGCCUGGGUGGCAUUGUACGUGUGCGCAAGACCGAUGGUGGGGAAAUGAUGAUUAUCAGAAGAGGAAUCAGCCACAUCAUGCAUGUCAAGUCUUUCAACUCCAACUCUCAGAUUGGUUCCAACCUCUGCAACAGGCAGACAAAUCCAAAUGGAGACUGCAGCCACUUCUGCUUUCCAGCCCCUGAUUCACAGAGGGUGUGUGGCUGUCCGUAUGGCAUGAAGCUGAUGCCCAACCAGCAGACAUGUGUCGAAGACCCUUCCAGUGAGCCCCCCACACUGCAGUGCGGAGCCAACUCCUUCUCCUGUGGCAACGGCAAAUGUGUCCCAAACAGCUACAGAUGUGAUGGUGUUGACGACUGCCAUGACAACAGUGACGAAGUCAACUGUGGAAUUAACAACACCACUUGCUCCCCCUCUGCAUUCACCUGUGCAAAUAGGCACUGUGUGCCUGCAGGAUGGCGCUGUGAUGGACACAAUGACUGUUUUGAUAAUAGCGAUGAGUACAACUGCCCUACACGGGUACCUGGAACGUGCCCUGCCAAUCAGUUUACCUGUUCCAACCACCGCUGCAUCCCAAAUACCUGGCGCUGUGACACUGAUAAUGACUGUGGGGAUGCUUCAGAUGAAGCUGACUGCCAUCUGGGAAGCACAUGUCAUCCAGGACAGUUUCAGUGUCCAGACCACCGCUGCAUAGACCCCAACUAUGUCUGUGAUGGGGACAGGGACUGUGUGGAUGGGGCAGACGAGCAGGGAUGCAUAUACAACUGCACUGUGAAUGAGUUCAAGUGCUCCAGAGGUCACCAGUGUAUCAACUCCUACUACCGAUGUGAUGGAGUCUUUGAUUGCAGUGAUCGCUCUGAUGAGCAAGACUGUCCUACUAGGCCCCCAGGAAUGUGCCACCAUGAGACUGAGUUCCAGUGUCAGUCAGACGGGAGCUGUGUCCCGUCUACCUGGGAGUGUGAUGGUCAUCCAGACUGUGAGGAUGGCAGCGACGAGCACCAUGCCUGCCCGCCUCGCACCUGCCCCUCCUCACUCUUCCACUGUGACAAUGGAAACUGUGUGUUACGCAGCUGGAUUUGCGAUGGGGACAACGACUGCAGGGACAUGAGUGAUGAAAGAGACUGCCCCACGCCGCCUUUCCGAUGUCCAAGCUGGCAGUGGCAGUGUCCUGGCCACAGUGUGUGCAUUAACCUCACCACGGUGUGUGACAACACCCCUGACUGCCCCAAUGGUGCUGACGAGUCUCCUCUCUGCAAUCAGGAGAGCUGUUCUGACAACAAUGCUGGAUGCACCCACGGUUGUAUCCAAGGGCCGUUUGGGGCCCAGUGCACAUGCCCUCUGGGUUAUCAGCUGAGCAAUGACUCCAAAACCUGUGAGGAUGUAGACGAGUGUAAUCCCCCUGGCCUAUGUAGCCAGCACUGCUUUAAUGAGAGAGGCUCUUUCCGCUGCCACUGCCAGGAUGGUUACACUCUCGAAGUAGACCAGCGUACCUGCAAGGCCUCAGAUUCUCGUCAGGCGUUCUUGCUAGUUGCCAGUCGAAAUCAGAUUGUGCAAGAUGACAUAACCUCUCAGCCCAAUGUGGUGCGCUCACUGGUUCGAGAUGGACGUAACAUCGUGGCCCUAGAUUUUGACUCUGUCACCGACCGUGUGUAUUGGUCCGACACAAGCCAGGACAGAAUCUGGAGUGCUAACAAAAAUGGCAGUGACAGAACUGUGAUAUUUGACAGUGGAGUGACCGUAACAGAGAGCCUUUCUGUGGACUGGGUGGGAAGGAACCUUUACUGGACUGACUUUGUCUUGGAGACCAUUGAAGUGUCUAAACUGGAUGGCACGCACCGCACCGUAUUAGUCAGUGAAAAUGUUACCAACCCCCGAGGCCUGGUGCUGGACCCUAGGGACAGUGCCCACCUGAUGUUCUGGACGGACUGGGGCAGGAACCCCCGCAUUGAGAAGGCCAGCAUGGAUGGGAAACUGAGGACUGUUAUCAUAAGCAACAAGCUGUACUGGCCCAAUGGUCUAACCAUAGACUACCCAAACAAUUUGUUGUACUUUGCUGAUGCCUACUUGGAUUUCAUUGACUACUGCGAUUAUAACGGCAACAACAGGAAACAAGUUGUGGCUAGUGACCUGGUACUGCAACAUCCCCACGCAAUUACCAUUUUUGAGGAUUUUGUGUAUUGGACCGACAGAUACAUCAACCGUGUGAUGCGAGCCCAUAAGUGGCAUGGGGAGAACCAGACAGUGAUGCUGUUCAACCUCCCACAGCCCAUGGGUCUUGUGGCAGUACACCCAGCGAGGCAGCCAGCAGGUGAAAAUCACUGCUUGAGGAAUCCCUGUUCUCAUAUCUGCCUGCUUUCUGCUGUGGGACCGAGGUACUACUCGUGUGCCUGCCCCUCAGGCUGGACACUGGCAGCAGACCAAAUCACCUGCACCAGAGUUGAAGAUCCUUUUCUGGUGGUUGUGAGAGACAGCAUCAUCUAUGGCAUUUCCUUGAACCCAGAAGACAAGAGUAAUGAUGCUAUGGUCCCUGUUGCUGGGCUUCAGAAUGGCUAUGAUGUUGACUUUGAUGACAACGAACAGACCAUCUACUGGGUAGAGCACCCGGGUGAGAUCCACAGGGUAAAGUCAGAUGGUACUAACAGGACAGAGUUUGCCCCAGCAGCCAUCCUUGGCUCCCCUGUUGGCCUGGCUUUGGACUGGAUAACAGAGAACCUGUACUACACCAAUCCAGCUACACAGUCUAUUGAGGUUUUGAAGUUGAGAGGGGAGGUACAGUACAGGAAAACUCUAAUCACAAAUAACGGCUCUCCAACUGGCGCAGGUAGUCCUGUUGGCAUCGCAGUGGACCCAGCACGUGGAAAACUAUACUGGACAGACCAGGGAACAGAAAGCGGCAUCCCUGCCAAGGUGGCAUCUGCAGACAUGGAUGGCUUAAACCCUGUCACCUUGUUCACCAACAACCUAGAUCACAUUGAGUUUCUCACUGUGGAUAUACGAGAGAACAAGCUGUACUGGGCUGUUACAAGCACUGGCAUGAUUGAGCGAGGUGAUCCAGAUGGGAGUAACCGCAUCACCAUAGUGACAGGCCUGUCUCACCCCUGGGGUGUGGCUGUCUAUGAAAACUACCUCUACUUCACUGACCGCGACUUUGAGGUCAUAGAGCGUGUGGACAAGUCCACGGGUGCCAACAAGGUUGUGCUGCGAGACAACGUUUCUGGACUCAGAGUUCUGAAAGUGCAUUAUAGAGAGACCUCUGCAGGUACAUCCAAUGGCUGUACCAACAAUAUUGGAGCGUGUGAGCAGCUCUGCCUGCCUCGGCCACAGGGUCUGUUUACCUGUGCAUGUGCCACAGGUUUCAAACUCAAUGCUGACAACAGGACCUGCGCUCCCUACCAGUCCUAUGUAGUCAUCUCUACUCUGUCAGCUAUCAAAGGCUUCAGCCUGGAAGGGGCAGACCACUCUGAGGCCAUGGUGCCUGUGGCUGGAAGAGGUCGUAAUGCCUUACACAUUGAUGUACACAUGGUCUCUGGUUUCAUCUACUGGUGUGACUUCAGCAGCACUGUGGCGACACAGAAUGGGGUCAGACGGAUCAAGCCAGAUGGCUCAGGAUUACGUAGUGUAGUAACAUCUGGAAUCGGACGCAACGGGAUACGAGGCAUUGCUGUGGACUGGGCUGCAGGGAACCUGUAUUUCACCAACGCCUUCCUAACUGAGACAUACGUGGAGGUGCUUCGCCUUAACACCACCUUCCGCAGGGUGCUGCUGAAGACCCAGGUGGACAUGCCACGCGACAUCGUGGUGGACCCCAGAAACAGAUACUUGUUCUGGGCUGAUUAUGGCCAGAACCCCAAAAUUGAGCGAGCACUCUUGGACGGAACCAACCGCACAGUUUUAGUGUCAUCAGGGAUUAUUACUCCACGAGGUCUCGCUUUGGACUGGCAAACUGGCUACGUCUACUGGGUUGAUGACUCCCUGGAUAUGAUCGCCCGAGUCAGCCCUCAAGGAGGGGAGACAGAGAUAGUCAGGUACGGCAGCCGCUACCCGACUCCUUAUGGAAUCACAGUGUUUGAGAAUAGCAUCAUUUGGGUGGACAGAAACCUCAAGAAGGUGUUCCAAGCAAGCAAACAGCCUGGCAGCACGGAGCAGCCCGCUGUCAUUAGAGACAAUAUCAACAUGCUGAGGGACGUUACCAUCUUUGACCAGCGUACCCAACCUACCACUGCCCGGGAGCUUAACUACAACCCCUGCAUGGAGGCUAAUGGAGGUUGUGGCCACUUCUGCUUCGCCCUCCCAGGGUCUGGCACAGGUGACAAAAAAUGCAGCUGUGCUUUUGGGAAUCUUGCAGCCGAUAACGAGAGCUGUGUGGUGUCAAGGGAUGAUUAUCUCAUCUACACGACUGAGAGCACCGUGCGCAGCCUGCGCCUCGACCCAGAGGACCAUGCGUUGCCCUUCCCUGUGGUCAAUGUGCCGCGUACCUCAGUGGCGCUGGAUUUUGACCUCACAGACAGAAGGAUCUACUUUACACAGAGCUCAGGUACAGGAGCAAGCAAGAUCAGCUACAUCAGCCUGUCCUCCCCUACGUCAGCUCCUGUAGCUGUGGCUUCAGAUCUAGGGGCUCCUGAUGGCAUUGCUUAUGACUGGAUAAACAGAAGAAUUUACUACAGUGACUAUGUCAACCAGAGCAUCAGCUCCAUGUCUGUGGACGGCGCUCAAAGGACUAUUAUUGCCCAUGUGUCCAGGCCUAGAGCUAUCAUGUUGGAUCCCUGCAGGGGAUACAUGUAUUGGACAGACUGGGGAACCCAUGCAAAGAUUGAACGUGCUACCUUAGGUGGAAACUUCAGAACCGAGAUUGUGAACAGCAGUCUUGUGUGGCCCAAUGGACUGACCCUGGACUACGAAGAAGAGAGACUCUAUUGGGCAGACGCCAGUUUACAGAAGAUUGAGCGAUCUUCUCUCACGGGGUCCAAUCGGGAGGUCAUCGUCAGCACAGCCAUCUACCCCUUUGCUAUGAACAUGUUUGGCCAGUUCAUCUAUUGGACUGACUGGAACACACGCAGCAUCUAUCGGGCCAACAAGCAUGACGGUUCUGACCAGAGGGUCAUGAUUCAAAACCUUCCAUCUCGUCCAAUGGACAUCCAUGUUCUGGCCAGCAGUAAGCAGCAGCAGUGUGAUAGUCCCUGCCAGCAGUUUAAUGGAGGCUGCAGCCACAUUUGUACACCAGGACCCAAUGGAGCUGAGUGUCAGUGUCCAUCAGAGGGCCGCUGGUACCUGGCUGACAACAAGCACUGUAUCCCUGAUAAUGGGACUCGCUGCCAGCCGGGACAGUUCACCUGUAUGAACGGCCGCUGUAUUCGCGCCCAGUGGAAAUGUGACAAUGACAACGACUGUGGAGAUGGCAGCGAUGAGCUGGAGAGAGUCUGUGGACCUAAAGUUCACUUCAACUCUGUCGUCCCACAGUUGCUGUCAUCCUUUAUUGCCUUGUCAGCCUUCCACACCUGUGAGCCCACAGUGUUUACUUGUGGCAACGGCCGUUGUGUGCCCUACCACUACCGCUGUGACCACUAUGACGACUGUGGAGACAAUAGUGACGAGGUGGGCUGUCUGUUCAGACCAUGUGACCCCAACACAGAGUUCACCUGCAACAAUGGGCGCUGCAUCGCAAAGGACUAUGUUUGCAAUGGCAUCAAUAAUUGCUAUGACAACGGCACAUCUGAUGAACAGAACUGCCCGGAGAGAACCUGCCAGCCAGAGCACACGAAAUGUCAGUCUACCAACAUCUGCAUCCCACGUUCAUACCUGUGUGAUGGAGACAACGACUGUGGGGAUAUGAGCGACGAGAGCCCUACACACUGUGCGACAUCCACAUGUUCCCAGAGUGAGUUCCGUUGCUCUAGCGGUCGCUGCAUCCCCGCCCACUGGCACUGCGAUGGAGGGGCUGACUGCUCUGACGGCUCUGAUGAACCCCUCUCCUGCACCACACUGGUCAGAACCUGCAACACAGAUCAGUUUCGCUGUGAUGAUGGCAGGUGCAUUGCCUCAUCCUGGAUCUGUGAUGGGGACAAUGACUGUGGCGACAUGAGUGAUGAAGACCAGAGACAUAAUUGUGCCAAUCGCACAUGUUCAAGUGCAGAGUUCACCUGUGUGAACAACCAACCACCUCAGCGGAAGUGUAUCCCACGUGACUGGUUGUGUGAUGGAGAUGCAGACUGUGCAGAUGCUUUAGAUGAACAUCAGAACUGCACACGCAGAUCCUGUGGCAUCAAUGAGUUCACCUGUAGCAAUGGCCUCUGCAUACGCAGCUCCUACAGGUGUGAUCGACGCAAUGACUGCGGGGACAGCAGUGACGAGCAGGGCUGCACCUACCAGGCGUGCCAGCAACACCAGUUCACCUGCCAAAACGGUCGCUGCGUGUCCCAUGACUUUGUCUGCGAUGGCGACAACGACUGUGGGGACGAGUCUGAUGAGCUGGAGCACAUGUGCCACACACCAGUACCCACCUGCCCCCCUGGGGAGUUCAAAUGUGACAAUGGACACUGCAUCCCCCUGAGCCAGGUGUGCGACAGGAACGAUGACUGCUCUGACAACAGCGACGAGAAGGGAUGUGGUGUCAAUGAAUGCACAGACCCAUCCAUCCAUCACUGUGAUCACAAUUGCACCGACACACCCACCAGCUUUAUCUGCACCUGUCGUCCUGGCUACCGCCUCAUGUCUGACAGUAAAACGUGUGACGAUAUCAACGAGUGUGCAGAGACACCGAGCGUGUGCAGCCAGGUCUGUGAGAACACCGUCGGCUCCUACAUGUGUAAGUGUGCCCCGGGAUUCCUCCGAGAGCCUGAUGGCCGCAGCUGCCGUCAAAACAGCAACAUCUCCCCCUACCUCAUCUUCAGCAACCGUUACUACCUUAGGAACCUGUCAACAGACGGGCAGGCCUACUCUCUGAUCCUGCAGGGUCUGACAAGCGUGGUUGCCAUGGACUUUGAUCGUGUCGACAAGCGCCUUUAUUGGAUUGAUGUGAGCCGCAGACUGAUUGAGAGGAUGUCCUUCGAUGGCAGUAACAGAGAGGUGGUGGUCAAUGGAGUUCUGCAUGGGGAGGGCCUUGCAGUUGACUGGAUAGCCAGGAAACUCUACUGGGUGGACAGCUUCUUGGAUUGUCUCAAAGUGUCUGAACUGGAUGGUCGAUUUGUGAAGAAACUGGCUGAACACUGCGUUGAUGCCAAUAACACCUACUGCUUUGAAAACCCCAGAGCCAUUGUGUUACAUCCCAAAUAUGGAUUUGUGUACUGGACAGACUGGGGAGAAAAGGCCUUUAUAGGUCGUGUUGGAAUGGAUGGAACCAACAAAGUAGCAAUCAUCACCACAAAGAUAGAGUGGCCCAAUGGGAUCACAAUAGACUACACUAAUGACAAACUAUACUGGUCUGAUGCUCAUCUCAGUUACAUCGAAUACUCGGACUUGGAUGGUCAACACAGACACUCGGUGUAUGAUGGAGAUUUGCCUCACCCGUUUGCCUUGACUGUGUUCGAAGACACUGUGUACUGGACUGACUGGAACACGCGCUCUGUGGAGAAAGGCAACAAAUACGAUGGCUCCGAUCGGCAGGUCCUGCUUAACACCACUCACAGACCAUUUGACAUCCAUGUGUGUCAUCCUUACCGACAGCCUAUUGCGAACAAUCCCUGUGCGGUGAACAAUGGAGGCUGUUCUCACCUGUGCCUGAUCCGUCAUGGGGGGCGGGAACACACCUGUGAGUGCCCAGACCAUUUCCUGACUGUCCAAAUAGGAGGUGUGACCCGAUGCCUUCCCAUGUGCACCAGCACCCAGUACAGAUGUGCUAACAAUGAACGAUGUAUUCCUAUCUGGUGGAAGUGUGACGGUCAGAGGGACUGCAGAGACGGCUCAGACGAACCUUCCACCUGCCCGGCUCGCUACUGCAGGCUCGGCCAGUUUCAGUGCAAUGACGGAAACUGCACCAGUCCGCACUUCCUGUGCAACAGCAACCAGGACUGUCAUGAUGGCUCAGAUGAAGACCCUGUGCUAUGUGCUACACACCAGUGUGAAAACCACCAGUGGCAGUGUGCAAAUAAGCGGUGUAUCCCUGAGUCAUGGCAGUGCGAUGGUGAAGAUGACUGUGGUGAUCAGUCUGACGAGGACCCUGCUCACUGCUCCGCCAGGACCUGCCGCCCAGGUCAGUUCAAGUGCCGCAAUGGACGCUGCAUCCCCCAGAGCUGGAAAUGUGACGUUGAUGAUGACUGCGGUGACAACUCUGAUGAACCAUUAGAGGAGUGCAUGGGACCAGCAUAUCGAUGUGACAACCACACAGAGUUUGACUGUCAGACCAACUACCGCUGCGUGCCACUGUGGUCUGUUUGCAACGGCCACAACGACUGCAGAGACAACAGUGAUGAGCAGGGCUGCGAUGAACUGACCUGUGAUCCUAACGGAGACUUCCGCUGUGACAACCACCGCUGCAUCCCACUGAGAUGGAGGUGUGAUGGGGACGACGACUGCGGGGACAACUCUGAUGAGCGCAGCUGCACUCCACGCGCGUGCACGGAGAGCGAGUUUCGCUGUGAAAAUCUUCGCUGCAUUCCUGACCGUUGGGUCUGUGACCAUGACAACGACUGUGAGGACAACUCGGAUGAAAGGGACUGUGAGUUGCGGACUUGUCACCCCGGUUACUUCCAGUGCGGCAGUGGACACUGUAUUGCUGAACGCUUCAAAUGCGAUGGGAACCCUGACUGUCUGGAUUAUACAGAUGAGACGUCUUGUCCGACCCGCUUUCCCAACGGUACUUACUGCCCCCCCUUCUUGUUUGAGUGCAAGAACCACGUCUGCGUCCAGCCUCAUUGGAAAUGUGACGGAGACAAUGACUGUGGAGAUAAUUCAGACGAGGAGCUUCACCUCUGCUUGGAAAUCCAGUGUGAGACUCCGUUUCGUUUCCGCUGUGACAACAACCGCUGCAUCUACAGCCACGAGCUGUGUAACUCUGUGGAUGACUGCGGUGAUGGCUCUGAUGAGAGACAGGAAAACUGCCAAAGCCCCACUCAUGGACCCUGUACAGAUGAUGAGUACAAAUGCAGUAACGGACAGUGCAUCCCUCUACAGUACGCCUGUGAUGAUUAUGAUGACUGUGGAGACCAGUCAGAUGAGCUUGGCUGCCACCAUGGCAGUGGGCACGCGUGCAGUGACAACAUCUGUGAACACAACUGUACCGACUUGACGGAGGGGGGCUUACUCUGUUCGUGCAGGCCCGGCUACAAGCCCAGAGACACAGAAAGACACACCUGUGAAGAUAUGAACGAGUGUGAGGUGUAUGGAACGUGUCCUCAGGAGUGCAAGAACACAAAAGGCAGCUACGAGUGUUUUUGCGCUGAAGGUUUUCUCUCUUUCGGUGAGCCACAUGGGACGGAGUGUGCUGCCCAGGGAAACCCACCGGUGCUUCUGCUGCCAGACAACGUUCGCAUCCGUCGUUUCAACCUGUCCUCUGAGCAGUAUUCAGACUAUGUGGACAACGCUGAGCACAUCCAAGCCUUGGACUACCUGUGGGAUCCAGAGGGACAAGGACUCAGUAUUGUGUACUGGACGGUUCUGGGUCAGGGAUCUGAGUUUGGCUCCAUCAAACGCGCCUACAUGACCACAUUUAACGAUCACGGCAACAAUCCAGUGAAAGAGGUGGAUCUGAACCUGAGAUACAUCGCCAAACCUGACGGCAUCGCUUUGGACUGGGUUGGCGGGCACAUUUACUGGACAGAUUCAGGCACCAAUCGAAUUGAAGUGGCCAAACUAGAUGGGCGGUACAGGAAGUGGUUGAUCCACACAGACCUGGACCAGCCCGCUGCUAUUGUUGUCAAUCCGUCUCUCGGGAUGAUGUAUUGGACCGACUGGGGCAGGAAACCCAGAAUAGAAUCGGCAUGGAUGGACGGUCAGCACAGAGAGGUGCUGGUGAAUGAGGAGGACCUGGGCUGGCCUACUGGGCUGGCUCUGGACUAUCUGAAUGGAAACAGGAUCUACUGGUGUGACUCCAAAGAAAACAUCAUUGAGUCCAUGAAGCCUGAUGGCACAGACAGGAAGAUCGUCAUAUCAGGAGACAUUGGACAUCCGUACAGUCUGGAUGUGUUUGAGGGGCACGUAUACUGGACCACAAAGGAAAAAGGUGAAGUGUGGAGGACUAACAAGUUCGGGAAAGGACACAAAGUCAAAGUUCUGACCAUCAACCCCUGGCUGACUCAAGUCCGCAUUUACCAGGAGCACCGACACAACCAGUCAGUACCCAACCCUUGUAAGAACGUGUGCAGCCACCUCUGUCUCCUCCGGCCUAGUGGAUACACCUGUGCCUGUCCACAAGGCUCCACUCCGGUGGAGUUUGACUCCAAUGAAUGUGACGCAGCCAUUGAGGCACCUGUUCCAAUGCCCCUUGCAUGUAGAUGCAUGAAUGGUGGAACCUGCUACACUGAUGAAGGCGGUCUGCCCAAGUGCAAAUGUCCAUAUGGUUAUGUGGGCAGCUAUUGUGAGAUGGGAAAGUCAAGGGGCGCUCCAGCAGGAACAGCUGUGGCUGUUCUCCUGGCCGUCAUUAUCAUCCUGAUCACUGGAGCUUUGGCUGUUGGGGUUUUCCUUAACUACAAACGGACAGGAUCUUUCAUCCCCUCCAUGCCCAAAUUACCCAGCCUCAGCAGCCUGGUGAAGUCUGGUGACACGGGGAAUGGGGUGACGUUUCGCUCGGGUGAUAAUGUUGAUCUCGGACCAUCACACAUCGGAGUGUCAUUCAUUGACACAGCCAUGCAGAUGGAUGAUAACUUUGCCAUGGAAGGUGGGAGGCAGCCAAUCACAUUUGAGAACCCGUUAUACGCCACUGCUCCUGGAGCAUCCAGCGAUCCUGCUGUCAUUCAUGCCACGCAGGUGACUGUUAAUGUGAGCGGUGAACAGCUGGAGAACAACUUUGUGAACCCGGCGUAUCGCGGAGAUCAGAGCGUGGCUGUUGUGAACACAUCGUCUGUCAGCACCAAACCUGUGCAGGAGUCAAAGUGGAGCCUCUUCAAGCGAAAAUUAAAGCCAAGCACCACAUUUGAAAACCCUUCAUAUUCUGAGAUGAAGGAUGAAAAGCCUGUUGGAAGCAGCGGGGACUCUUCUUCUGCCCCUGAGCCCUCUCCGUUUGUGCCCCCCGCCAAACCUCCGAAGAGGGAUCGUCCGAGCACCUUUUCGCCAACCGAGGACACUUUCAAAGACACAGCCAACCUCGUGAAAGAGGACAGCGACGUAUAACCCCUCUCUCGCGGACGGGAGUCGAAAAAAAGAAACACACUUUGCACAGAAUUUAUUUUUUUAUGCAGCCUGUGUACAAAACUCAAAUUGUUUUAGGAAAGAGAAAUACAUUUCUAUAGAAUGAAGAAAAAGGUCUUCUGUGACUAUGCCUUCUGACAUUUCUUAUGCCAAUUCUUGUGUUCAUGUUUUCUUUAUUCUGAUGUACAAUAUGUAUAUCUUUGCACUGAAGCUGCUGAUAGAAAUGUUAAUAAAUAAGUUGUAUAUUUGUAAAUUUGAACAGGAAGAUUUUGUCAGAAAAAAUAUCUUUGAAAUAGAUCCUAUGAAUAAUUUCACAUAAACCCAAUAACACGUGAAAAAAGAAAAGUGAGCUGCACUCUGAAUGUACAGUACUUAUAUGAUCGAAGGCUAUAAGAGAAACGUGUUGAGGAAUGAUAUUUUUUUUUGCCACUGAACGAAACUGAAGAUGUAUUUAUUCAUCUUUCAGGUUUAUAUACCUCAUUUCAGGGCGGGGAACUAAAUAAAAGCAAGAAUAAUUGGAUUUUAACUUAUGCCAUUCAUUUUUCAAAGACAUAACACUCCAGUAUAAACAGAUGUUUAAAAUGUGCAUGAAGCAUACUUAUUGUACCUAAUCAAACUAAUUUCUACCUUAUGUUCCCUGACUUUAUGACUUUGAAUCAAAAUGAUAUUUUUUUUUUAAAAAAGUAAAUGAUAUUGGAACAACGGCCAAAAUAGUUUGGAACAAUACUUGAACGUGUUUGUUAACACGGAAAAUGAAUUUCUGCAGUUGAUCUUGGAGAGCAACACGUGAGCUGAGGAUGCAGUUGUAGACAGUCGUUUUAUAAACACAGUGAAUAAAUUCUUACUUUUACGGAAUGAUUUAUUUUGUAUCAUAAUGAGGACAAAUAAAACUUUUAUCUGUGAUCAUCCACAAACAUGCCCAUAUGGUUUAAAUCGCUGCUGCUGAGACAUGAAUGAAUAAAUUUCCUAUUUUGUAACACA